GUCACUCAGCCUGGCAGCAGGAAGUGAAUUGCAGUCGCGCCUGCAGUGACUCUGUUACGCGGCAACCCACCUUCCUUGCAAGACCCCAGGGUCUCGGCUGCUGCCGCUGGGGACCCCAGAGCCCUGGCUGCAGGCGGGGGAGGUUUCCUGUCGAGGGAGGAACAUUCCCGCUGCUCCCCGAGAGACUCUCCCAGUGCAGAGAUCCCGGCCUGUCCGCCCCCUCCAUCACCACCACCUUACUGGGACCCAGAGCCCGGCUCCCAGGCAGAGCCCCACGUGGAGAGAAGAUGCCGGUGACCUUUGAGGAGGUGGCUGUGUACUUCACUGCUGGGCAGGGGGCUCUGUUGGACCCCAGUCAGAGAGCCCUCUACAGGGACGUCAUGCAGGAGAAUUAUGAGACGGUGACCUCGCUGGGACUCCCCAUUCCCAAACCUGACUUGAUCGCCCAGCUGGAAGCAGGGGAAGAGGCAUGGGUCCCAGAUCUCCAGGACUCCGAGGAAAGGAAGAUCCUAAGAGGCACCCACACAGAUGAUGUGAGAAUGAGUGAGAAUGAGGAGGGGAAUCCACAGCAGGAAGGUCCUGAGCAAGUGGAACUGCAGGGGAACUUUUUGAGAAGAGCUGAAGAGAACUUUUCCCAGUGCUUGGAACAGAGAAAAGCCUGGAGUAAUUGGCACAGGUCAGAGAGGAAGCUGGAAAACCACCCAGGGAAGAAAGUGCACGAUUCCUUUGAAUGUGGAGGAGGAGACAAGGAUUCCAAAGAAACCACAACCCAGCAGACAAAUCCCAAAGAAAAGAAACUUUAUAAAUGCUUAGAAUGUGGAAAAAGCUUCAGUUGGAGCUCAAAUCUUGCUGCCCAUCGGAGACUGCACAUGGGAGAGAAACCGUAUAAAUGCCUUGAGUGUGGGAAAAGCUUCAGUCAGUGCUCAGGCCUUAUUAGGCAUGGAAGAAUCCACACAGGAGAGGGACCAUAUAAAUGCCUUGAAUGUGGGAAAAGUUUUGGUGCACCAUCAGCCCUUAUUGUACAUCAGAGAACCCACACGGGAGAGAAACCCUAUAAAUGCCUUGAGUGUGGGAAACGCUUCAGUCAGCACUCAGGCCUUAUUAGCCAUGGGAGAAUCCAUACGGGAGAGGGACCACAUAAAUGCCUUGAAUGUGGGAAAAGUUUCAGUGGACCAUCAGUCCUUAUAAUACAUCAGAGAACCCACACAGGAGAGAAACCGUUUAAAUGCUUGCACUGUGGGAAAAGUUUCAGUCAGCGCUCACAUCUUACUUGCCAUGGGAGAAUCCACACUGGAGAAGGACCGUAUAAAUGCUUGGACUGUGGGAAAAGUUUCAGUGGACCAUCAGCCCUUAUUGCACAUAAGAGGACCCACACAGGAGAGAAACCCUAUAAAUGCUUGGAUUGUGGAAAAAGCUUCAGUGUGAGGUCAGGUCUUAUCAUCCAUAGGAGAAUCCACACAGGAGAGAAACCGUAUAAAUGUCUUGACUGUGGAAAAAGUUUCAGUGCAUCAUCAGUCCUUAUUACACAUCAGAGAACCCACACGGGAGAGAAACCCUAUAAAUGCUUGGACUGUGGAAAAAGCUUCAGUCAGCGCUCAGGCCUUAUUAGCCAUAGGAAAAUCCAUACGGGAGAGGGACCAUAUAAAUGCCUUCAGUGUGGGAAAAGUUGCAGUGCACCAUCAGCCCUUAUUACACAUCAGAGAACCCACACGGGAGAGAAACCAUAUAAAUGCCUUCAGUGUGGGAAAAGUUUCAGUGCACCAUCAGCCCUUAUUGUACAUCAGAGGACUCACACAGGAGAGAAACCUUAUAAAUGCUUGGACUGUGAGAAAAGCUUCAGUCAGAGCUCAAAUCUUACUGCCCAUCGGAGACUGCACAUGGGACCCUGUAAAUGAUUGGACUGUGGGAAAAAUUUCAGUGGCCCAUCAGCCCUUAUUUCAUAUCGGAGAACCCACACAGGAGAGAAACCCAUAUAAAUGCCUCCACUGUGGGAAAAGUUUUUUAUUCGAAGAUCAAUCCUUGCUUCACAUCAGACAAUCCACACAAGAGAGAGAACCCAUAAGUGUUUGGAUUGUGGGAAAAGCUUCAAUAAGUGCAGGAAAAGAUUCAAUCUGAGCUCACAUAUUAUUCCCCAUUGCAUAAUUCACAGAAGAAAGAGCUUGAAUGUGGGGGAAGCUUUAUUUGGUGCUCACACAGCAUCAAGCAUCAGCAAAUCCACACAUGGAAGAGCCCUCUCAGAUAUCUUUAGCAUGGAAAAAGCUUCAGUUGGAGCUAACACCACAUUGGACAUCAGAGACUCCUCCACACAGGAGAUAAAUUCUCUCAGUGCCCUGACUAGGGCUGGCCUUAGUAAAAUCUCCAUUUCCUAAUUCCCACACACAUCAGAGGCAUUUGGCUCUCAGGUAUCCAUCUGCCCAUCUUUGGGGGCAGGUUCCAGCAGCAGAUGAUCCUGAGCUGAUCAGCGACACUCUGACUUUGCUUGGUCUAAGCUAACCACAGGCAGAGAAGGAGAAGUGCCAAUCAGCCCUGUGAUGGGUUGCCCCCCCGCUCUGGGGAUGCCACCUGAUGUACUGGAGUUCCACUGAGCCCGCCUGUUUCACCAGCCAGGUCCCCCUCACCCUGCCUUGCCAAGCCAGGCUUUCCAGCCUACACUGGCAAACACACAGGUAGGGCCACAUCCUCCUGCAGAAAGACACAGACACUGAGAUAAGGUCUGCAUGGGAAGACCCAGCUUGGGAAGUGCCCAGCACUUGUGUGCACACCACCAUAGGAGUGCAAACCCAAGGUUUGUACUGUCUUGCGCUGCACAGCAAACUGUGCAAUGUAAGCUCAUUGAUCACCCCCUCCCUCGAUGUGGAGGAAGAUAUGCACAGAUUCUUGCCCCCCCAGUUAUGGAUUCCUCAAACUGGGUUUAAGGUAAACAAAAUGAGUUAACUAUAAAGAUAGAUUUUAAGUAAUAAUAAGGGAUAGCAAACAGAUCAAAGCAGAUUACUGAGCAAAUAAAACAAACACGCAAACUAAUUAUUUACAGGCCAGAGCCCUUUCCAUUCUGGGCCCAAUCCUUUCUCCCUGAGCCUAGUUUCAGGUGUUCACAGCAGUCAUCUUGGGUGGGGAUCUCCUCCAGAGAAACAGAGAUGGAUUGACUUUGAUUACCUCACUCCCCAGCCAUAAAUAGGAUUUACAUAAGGUGGGCAAGCUUUGUUUCCCAGACUUAUCCCCAACCU